CGGCUCAUGAUUUCAUUCAGGCAAACAGACGGUAGCAGGCAGGCUAGACAACAGACGGGUAAUCUGAAGGUUCAGUGGACAAAUUCAUAAGAACAAAAAUCCAUAUUGAGUAGCAAAAUUAGUGGGUCUACGAUGGCGGAUGUUGGUGAUGUUUUGAUGUCGGUUUUGUCCACAAUUCGUGUUCCAAAGCCGGGAGACCGUGUCCACAAAGAUGAAUGCGCCCUGUCAUUUUCCUCGCCGGAGAGUGAAGGAGGCCUGUAUAUGUGCAUGAACAGUUUCCUGGGUUUUGGCAGUCAGUACGUGGACAGACACCAUGCUCGGACCGGUCAGAGAGCUUAUUUGCACAUCACCCGGACUCGUAAGGCCAAGAAGGAAGAUGACAAUAACUCUGGCUCUGGACACCCACCUAAGAAAAAGCCCACUAGACUGGCCAUAGGGAUUGAAGGAGGCUUUGAUGUUGAUCAGGAGCAAUAUGAGGAGGACAUAAAGGUGGUCAUUUUACCAGACAGACAGGAGGUGACUUCAGAGGACCUUGCCACAAUGCCUGAUGUUGUGAGAGAGCGGGUGUCUCUGUCAAUGGCGGGUAUCAUGGCAGCCGACUCAGUGUCUCACGCCUUACAAGUUCAGCAGUGGGAUGGAGAGGUGAGACAGGAGUCGAAGCAUGCAGCUGACCUGAAACAACUUGACAACGGACUCAAGAUCCCUCCCAGUGGCUGGCGUUGUGAAGUGUGUGACCUUCAGGAGAAUCUUUGGAUGAACCUGACGGAUGGUAAAGUGCUUUGUGGUCGCCGGUAUUUUGAUGGCUCGGGGGGCAACAACCACGCUCUUCUCCACUACCAGGAGACGGGAUACCCGCUCGCUGUCAAACUUGGAACCAUCACUCCUGACGGCGCUGAUGUGUAUUCCUAUGAUGAGGAUGACAUGGUGCUGGAUUCUAAGUUACCAGAGCACUUAUCUCACUUUGGCAUCGACAUGAUGACCAUGGAGAAGACUGAGCGGACAAUGACAGAGUUGGAGAUCGCUGUAAACCAGCGUGUAGGGGAGUGGGAGGUGAUCCAGGAGUCUGGUACCACCCUGAAGCCCCUGUUUGGGCCCGGUCUGACCGGCAUGAGGAACCUGGGAAACAGCUGCUACCUCAAUUCUGUCAUGCAAGUGCUCUUCACCGUUCCAGACUUCCAGAGCAAAUACGUGUCAUAUUUUGACAAGAUUGUUGAUGAAGCACCAAGUGACCCAACCCAGGACUUCAAAACUCAAGUAGCUAAACUGGGUUAUGGGCUGUUGUCAGGAGAGUAUUCCAAACCAGCACCAGACCCUGGAGAUGAAAACGGUGCAUCUGAACCUAGAGGUGACCAAAUCGGAAUAGCGCCUCGAAUGUUUAAAGCUCUCGUCGGACGAGGCCACCCAGAGUUCUCCACCAAUCGACAGCAGGAUGCCCAGGAGUUUUUAUUGCACUUCAUAAACAUGGUGGAGAGAAACUGUCGCUCUGGGGCCAAUCCAUCAGAAGCAUUCAGGUUUCUGGUGGAGGAGAAGAUAGUUUGCCAGCAGUCACAAAAAGCCAAGUACACACAGCGGGUGGAUUACAUUGUGCAGCUGCCUGUGCCCAUGGACCAUGCUACUAACACAGAAGAGCUUCAGGAAGCGGAGCGCCGCCGCGAGGAGGGGGACUCAUCAGCACCAACAGUGCGUGCACAAAUCCCCUUCUCAGCCUGCAUGGCAGCUCUCAGUGAACCGGAGAUCCUCACAGACUUCUGGAGUUCAGCCGUUCAAGCAAAGACUACUGCUACCAAAACAACCCGCUUUGCCUCUUUCCCCGACCACCUGGUCAUCCAGAUUAAAAAGUUUACUUUUGGCCUCGACUGGGUGCCGAAGAAACUGGAUGUGAGCAUCGACGUUCCGGAUACUCUGGACCUGAGCGCGCUGCGUGCCACCGGUCAGCAGCCAGGGGAGGAGCUUCUACCUGAGGUGGCCCCGCCCCCACUCAUGACCCCAGAUGUGGAGGUUAAAGGUAUCCUGGGUUCCCAUGGCAACGACGAGGACGACUCGCUGUACUCCCCACUGCUGUCUCCUGUUCUCGAUGACUCCACUGUGUCCCAGCUGUGUGAAAUGGGAUUCCCACUGGAGGCCUGCAGGAAAGCCGUGUAUUACACUGGAAACACUGGAAUCGACGCUGCCAUGAACUGGACCAUGAGCCACAUGGACGAUCCAGACUUUUCAGCUCCACUGGUGCUGCCAGGCAGCAGCACUGGACCUGGAACCACUCCCACAGAGAGCCUGUCCGAGGAACACCUGGCGACCAUCGUGUCCAUGGGCUUCAGCCGAGAUCAGGCAACCAAAGCACUCCGAGCAACGAGUAACGUUCUGGACCGCGCGGUGGACUGGAUCUUCUCUCACCUGGACGACCUGGAGUCCAUGGACGUGUCUGAAGGCGGCCGCUCUGCUGCGGAGAGCGAGGGAGGCAGGGAUCCUCCGCCUGGACCUCGCGUCAGAGACGGACCAGGAAAGUACGAGUUGUUUGCAUUCAUCAGUCACAUGGGAACGAGCACCAUGUGUGGCCACUACGUUUGUCACAUCAAGAAGGACCAGCAGUGGGUCAUCUUCAAUGAUCAGAAGGUCUGCGCUUCAGAGAAACCUCCCAAAGAUCUGGGUUAUCUUUACUUCUAUCGCAGAGUGUCUGAAUGAGACAACAGCAAACUCACGACAGCAAGCUCUUACAAACGCAUCAACCUGCUUCACAACUGACAAAACUGUAAAUAAUUCCCCCAGAUUUGCCUGUACACACUUAAAUAGAUUGGUGUAAAUGUACAGCUAAGGGU